AUGUCCUUACUUUUACUGCCGCUUUCUCUCCAACAAUCUCCAUCUCAGGCCUCUGAUACCCUCACAGCAAACCAGCAGCUCUCCGGUAACCAAAAGCUAAUCUCUCAGGAUGGCAACUUCGCACUGGGAUUCUUUCAGCCUGCAGUGGAGGGAUUAAAUGGCAAGUGGUACAUAGGCAUUUGGUACAAUAAAAUCCCAGUACAAACUGUAGUGUGGGUGGCUAAUAGAGAGAAACCAAUCUCUGAUCCAGCCUCAUCAAACCUGAUCAUCUCAGAUGAUGGAAAUCUUGUUCUUCUAGAAAACCAUUCUAAAUCUCAAACAUGGUCUACCAACAUUAAGAACAAUACAAGAGUCACAUCCACAGUUGCCAUGCUCCUGGAUACUGGUAACCUAGUAGUCACGUAUGACUCCAAUACCUCCAUUGCGUUGUGGCAAAGUUUUGAUGAUUUCACAAAUACGUGGCUCCCAGGAAACAAGCUUAGCCGUAACAAAACAACUGGCGUGGCCAAGCGGAUGAUCUCUUGGAGGGACCGCAGUGAUCCAGCACCUGGAAUGUUCUCCCUUGAGUUGGACCCAAACGGCUCAAGCCAAUACGUCCUACUAUGGAACAGCUCAGUUGUGUACUGGGCUUCUGGCAACUGGACUGGCAAUUCAUUCAGUGGUGUGCCAGAGUUGUCGACUACCAACUCAGGAUAUACAUUCCAGUUUGUUGACAAUGAUGAGGAAACAUACUUCACAUACACUGCUAAGAACGAUGCACUAAGGUUUCUGAGGAAUUUUGUUGAUGUGUCAGGUUUGUCCCAGGUUUCUGUAUGGAUAGAGGCGUCACAGGCAUGGAAUACUUUUUUCACGCAACCAAACCUUAAGUGCAGCGUUUAUGGCAUGUGUGGGGAAAACAGCAUAUGUAGUGAGAAUGAUGCGUCAUCAUGCAGUUGUCUCAAGGGGUUCAUUGAGAAUAACCCAAACAAUUGGGAACUAGAUGAUCAUACAUCAGGUUGCAGGAGAAAUGUCCCAUUGAAAUGUGGAAACAAUGGCUCAGUGAAUACGGAACAAGAUAAGUUCUAUUUGAUUGGAAGUGUGAAGUUACCAGAUAAUGCACACAGCACGGAUGCAGCCAAUGUCCAUGCCUGUGAAUUAACUUGCCUGAACAAUUGCUCUUGCAUUGCUUACGCUCAUAAUGGCACUUGCUUGGUUUGGUACAAUCAUUUGAUGAAUAUGCGAGAUAAUUUUGGUGGAUCAAGUGACAGUAUAUUUAUUAGACUGGCUGCUUCAGAACUACCCAACUCAGGAACCAAGAAAUGGUGGAUCGCUGUACUCAUCAUUGGUGGGCUUAUUAUUGUUCCAGGCAGUUUUGGAGUGACCAUUUUAUAUUUUUCCCAUAGAAGGGGAAGAAGAAUAAGUGGUAUGAAUCAGGGUGAUGGGUCUUUGAUCAGUUUCAAAUACAGGGACUUGCAAUUCAUAACAAGAAACUUCUCAGAGAGAUUGGGUGCUGGAUCUUUCGGGUCUGUGUUCAGAGGGGUUCUACCGAAUACAACCGUAGUAGCGGUAAAAAAGCUAGAGGGCUUGCAUCAGGGGGACAAGCAAUUCAGGGCAGAGGUGAGCACCAUAGGAAGUAUUCAUCACAUAAACUUGAUUCGACUGCUUGGGUUUUGUUCUGAAGGAGCCAAGAGACUGCUUGUCUAUGAGUGUAUGCCCAAUGGCUCACUUGAUAAACAUUUGUUUGGUAGUAGCUCUACCACUUUGAGCUGGAAAAUAAGAUACCAAAUUGCUGUAGGAAUUGCCAAGGCUUUGGCAUAUCUGCAUGAAGAAUGCCGGGAUUGCAUUAUACACUGUGAUAUCAAGCCACAGAAUAUAUUGCUGGAUGCUUCAUUUGUUCCAAAAGUGGCAGAUUUUGGAUUGGCAAAGUUACUAGGUCGGGAUUUCAGCAGAGUUCUAACAUCCAUGAGAGGAACCGUUGGAUACCUUGCACCAGAAUGGAUAAGUGGUGGAGCCAUCACAACAAAGGCAGAUGUCUUCAGCUAUGGAAUGAUGCUUUUCGAGAUCAUAUCAGGAAAGAGGAAUCUGGAGCACACAGAUUCGAGAAUGGAAACAUUUUUCCCUGUACUGGCUGCGAGGAAGCUUCUUCAAGGAGAAGUAAUGACGCUGUUGGGCAAAGAGUUGAUGAAUGGUGUGCCUGAAAGAGAGCUCGAAAGAGCAUGCAAGGUUGCCUGCUGGUGUGUGCAAUAUGACGACAGUUCCAGGCCGACGAUGGGUGAAAUCGUCAAAGUUCUGGAAGGGGUGAUUGAUGUUGAGAUGCCACCGAUUCCAAGGUAUCUCGAAGCUAUUGCUGAAUGUUCAGAGAGUCGCAUUCUUUUCCCAUGAGCUAGCAAA